AUGGAUUCCUUCGCGAACGAACAACUAGACCAUCUACUUGAGCCCGACCUGGCUGCCGAUGGCGCCCAUUCCAACCUUGACUGGGGUGAUGCCACAGCGCUAAUGGCGACCUUGACUGUGGCUUGCUCUAACAAAGGACCGAAAUCGACGGCUAGAUCCGAAAGCGAGAUACGACAAGAAGCCGAAGAGAGAUCCGAGACGAUCUAUACCUCUUAUGACACCUUGCACAAGAUACUGGAGCGCCACGAGGCCACUAUCUCGAAGAGAUGGUUAAAGCGAACACGUCAGCAGAGACUCAAAGUCCUGCUCGAGACUUGGCCAGGUAUGCCUGCCGUUCAUCGUCCCGACCUUGAUACCUGGCGUAAAGGGGCGUAUAACCCUAAACGAGCGAGGGCCCCGCGGUGCCGUGACUGCUUUAGGUGGCCAUAUAUCAAUCAGGAGGACCUGGUAAGCCCCAAAGCCCUGUUGUUGCUUCUCAACUCCAGAGGCCGUAAUCCACCGUCAAGCUUUGCGGCGGCAGAUAUUGACGCGAUGCAGUUUGGGCUGGUGAGCCGGGCGCUUGAUCUGGACACCCUGCGUAAUCAUCAGAUGGCUCUGAACGGGUUCGUUGACAACAAUCGCCAGUAUGGCGAGCUUGUCAUCUGUCAUGAUGAUAAUGAUAAAGAGUUUAUGUCCUGGUCACUCAAGCAAUUCAUGCCGGGGGAAGGCCUUUUGGUUUUAGAAGCUCAAGCGAGAUUACUGACCUUUCUCGUGCAGUGCUGCCGCCAACUACUUUCAGAUAUUCCCGUGGACAACUUCGACUCGUUCCCCAUCCUUCCGCCGCCACAAACCCAAUCAGAGACUGAGCUAAGCGGCUUUGAAUCUCUAAGAUUGAUGGCCGCAGAAGCUCCCGAUCGUGUGCCUGCACAACUCGACCUUAGUCGCAUCGCGUCGCUCCUUGCAGCCCGCACCUCCGCGGCGGAAGACCACCAAUGGGCCCUGCGCGAAGACCCCGACUAUUUCGCCAGCGUCGUGCUCGAUAUGGCUGAACAUACCCCCGAAAUGCUGAAGGAUCUGCAGGGCCGCGACCAUCCCAAUCUAAAGGGCAACCGGAAGAACAUAAUCUGGGCGCGGGUUUUGGCGUGCGUGGUUUGCGACGCCUUCUUGAAAGUCGAGACCUUUAACGAGCUGAGCCAGCAAGCUCGGGCUCUGGUAUCCCUGCAGCACAAAUAUGCAAGCCAGAUUCCACCAUCUCAGAAACUGCCCGAGGAGUUCUUGACGGCUUUGCUGCGGUUUCGCCACGAUCUGGGCAAGGCAGUCCACGAUCCACUGAAACUGCUCCGAAUGACCUUCCGUCCCUCCCCGCCCUUCCGUCGAUUCUUCAUGCGCGCACCACCAUCCGAUCCGCUCUCUUCACAAUUAAAAGUCGAAGAAAGACCUGGGGUCAAACCCACGGCAGUGGAGAAGAAGUUGCUCUGGCUGCUUGGCAAGGCGUUCGAUAACGGGAUGGUGUUGGUACUGACCGGUGUGCCGUUGCUCAUGGAUGAGCUCGAACGCCUGCUCGACAAUGAGCCAGGUGCACGAGGUAUGAUCACCCCCUUUCUGGUAGGCGUCAUCGGCGACCUCUCGAUCCUUGCGCAGUGCCUCAAGCAAUUGGAACUGUAUCAGCCAUGGGCCCGAACCUGGGUUCAGGGUGGCAUGGCACAAAAGCGGAAGUUCGAGGCAGACUACGACAAGGUAACAAGCCCAUGGUAUCGGAUCGUUGCCGGGAUCGAUGAAGCGCUUCCUGUGACGAUAGUCGCCAGUCGUGCCGUCGCUCUAGGAGACCCGUCUGGAGGAAAAUUCGCAUAUCCGAUCGACAAGCGCCGAACCAAGGAGCACGUGAAAACACUGCGGCAGGCGGAGGCCAGGCUGGAUGCUUUCUGGGAGGUGAUUGACAGGGUUAUAGGGGACAGGGUGCAAGGCACUGUAUCGCAAAAGGUCUUUCCCUCCCAGUCGCGAAGUCUGCACCGGACACCAGAAUGGGAGGAGCCCUCACCUCGACAUCAGCCGCAACUCGCGCCGCGGCCAAAGAACGAGGGUAUCGAUCCGUACCCCUCGUUUGAGACUGUAGCACCGACCCCCUCCAAGGGCCUAUCGACAAGCAGUGCCGACGACAAUAGCACAGCUCAGCCACCAAAGAUCAAGGUCAAGACUCGCGGAACAGCACGGCCCGUCUCCACACAGGAGGACCACGACGCUGAAGCGCUCCCGGAACCCAUCGGUGCAGAGAUCCAGCCGAAGUUCGCCGUGGAUGCGCGCUCCCUCAAGGUCUUUCGGGGUUUGUUUCAUGACCCAGAGGUUACGGCGACGCCGGGUGAGAUGCGUUGGACUGACUUUCUUCAUGCCAUCAGUUCGAUCGGUUUCGCGAGCAUCAAACUCUACGGCUCUGUCUGGCAGUUCCAGCUCACCGACAUGAACUUUGACCGAAGUAUCCAGUUCCAUGAACCACACCCUCACGGAAAGUUGUCCUAUACCGCCGCUCGGCGGAUUGGUCGUCGGCUGACUAGGGCAUAUGGCUGGCAUGGGGACAUGUUUGUCUUGGCUGAGUGA